CAUCCUCUCUUUUGACUAUAAAUAAUCACCCAGCUCUCACUUGGUUCUUACUUCUCAUUCUCUACUUGCAUCGUAAUAAGAGAGUUUUAUUUUAAUUUUUAUUUUCCCCUUUUUUGGGGGGAGAUGAUGAGGGAAGGGAUUAGUCCAGGGAAUGUGCCUGUUUAUUAUGGUGGUGGCAAGAUUAAGUCGAUAGAAAAAAAGUUGAAGGUGAUUGAGUUGGCACUAAGAUUUGUGAUAGUUGGGCUUGGAGUUCUUGCUGCUGCUCUCGUGGGCUUGGACUCCCAAGUGAGGGUCAUCUUCACCGUUGAGAAGAAGGCCAAGUUCACUGACAUGAAAGCUUUGGUGUUUUUGGUGAUAGCAAAUGGGAUAGCAGCAGGGUAUAGUUUGAUACAGGGAUUGCGCUGUGUGGUGAGCAUGGUGAGGGGCAGUGUUCUUUUUAGCAAGGGCUUGGCUUGGGCUAUUUUCUCCUUUGAUCAGGUGAUGGCGUAUGUGACCUUGGCAGCGGUGGCAGCUGCAGCACAGUCAGCAGUGCUUGGUCAAUUCGGUCAACCUCAACUACAAUGGAUGAAGAUAUGCAAUCUCUAUGGCAAGUUCUGCACUCAAGUAGGAGAGGGUCUCGUGAGCUCGUUCAUAGUGAGCCUUAGUAUGGUGACUCUUUCUUGUGUCUCGGCUUUUAACCUCUUUCGACUGUACGGAAGCAACAAAGGAAAGAACAGUGGGAGCUGGUAAAGGAAAGAAGUUAUGUUCAAACUGACUUGUGAGAAGAGAGUGGUUUGUACAUGGUUUGGUGUAAUAAGUUGAACAGUGUUUUUUUUCAAUGCUAGUAUGUGGAGUUCUCUGUAACUUAUAGAUGCCAGUAUCAAGCUUGUUAUUGUUAAUGAAUUGGUCAGUUUUUAUA